AUGGCGAGGACUACCUCAAAUAUAGAUGGUAGCAAGACUCUUUGGACUGGAGGAUGUUGCCAAAGCGGAUUCACUGGCAUGGCCGAAUAUUAUUGCAACUCCAUGGUCUCGACCCCGAUGGCUUUCCUUCUCUUGCCGAAUAUCAGCACCGCCGAUAUCUACACCACGCUGUCCAACAUGUGGAUAGGGCACGAUCAGAUAACUAUCGGAUGGCAGGAGACCGACUUGAAGCUUCUUCCUAAAGAGGUUGCCACGAACUACGCGUCGAUUAUGGGUAUCCCACUCGCGACUACAACACGUGAGAGUGAGAGCUCUGUCACGACCCAUACCACUUAUUCCACAAGCGAGAAAACUUCAAGCACCAUCGUGACUACGUCGACUAGUACAACGCCAACCGCGACAGUGGUUGUCAUUCCUGUGACUGAUACUAAAACGGGGUUGGUCACAGGAACAACAGAAACAUCCGUUACAACAUCGAAACCAACAUUGACAACUACUUCCGAUGCCGGGUCCCAAACUCCGCGAUGGAUCAUUACCCUAUCAAUUAUAGGUCUGGCCUUGCUGUGGAUAGCCCGCUAGCAUAAGUACAAUGAUGAAUAAGACUGUAG